AAUAUUAGCUUAGAGAUGAAGUAAAAUAAUCGUACGUAUUUUAUACGUAACUUUUCCAUAUCAUAUUUUUCUAACUAUGCUUAAGUUAGCAACAAUUAGUAGUUAGUAUAAUACAACAACAACCUUUAGGAGGGGUAUAUGUAUAUAAACAAAGGAGGGCAUGUUUGUAUUUUUACCAAAUUCCACAUUAUCAAUUCCCACAAAACUAAACCCUAUCCAAACGUGGAAUUUUGUUCAAUUUCCACAAGUCAAUUCCUUGGUUUUGUAAAACAUGGAAAUUCAGACAAAUUCCCACGUUUUCAAAUUUCCACAUCCAAACGACCCCUAAAGGAAUUUAAUAAGUGUUUUAUUUUCCAUAACGUUGUUGUCAAAUAUCGAACCAGAGUAUCAUCCGGUAUAAUGAACGAGUCAUACUUUAACGGUUUAACCGGUAUUAAACUGUUAAAAAAUCGUUAAUGAAUCGAUGCCUAAUAACAAGAAUAUUAAAAGUACUACAUAAUUUUUAAGCACACUAAAGCAUGAGUGACAAUACGUCUAAACAAAUUUAAAACACGAGUACUAAAAAGUACUAAAUUUCAAACCCCAUAUGAACCAUCCAAAUAUUUAAAAUAAAAAUUCUUCAUUUUAAAUAAAAAUUCGAAACAUAACUCAUUCUCAUUCUGAUUUCAGAACUCGUAACGUGCAAACUCCCCCGUAAUCACCAGUCUCACAUGGACUAAAAAUAUCUACCAGGCAGGGACAUCACUGAAUAUGGUGCCGGUCGAAAUAAUAUUGCCGAAAAAUUUGUGUGAUUGAAAAAAAGAACGACAUGUUGCCAUCCUGAUACUGAAUUUGAGAGCGUUCUUGUUCCAAAAUAAAUGAAGUCGGUCACUUUUGAACCGGUCCAAGGGUUGGAAAUGGCAAGCAAUAAUUUCGUAGCAAAAAAUGGUAAAGAGCUUCAAUUGUGCUUUUCCAAUCGUGGAAUCACGCGUAAGUAGACCAAACUUUGUGGGCGUGCUUUGAGGGUUUGAAAUUUGACGUUAACGCAGCUGAGCACAGAUGCGAAGUUACCUUGGCCCUUAACUUCCGAGCAAACAUUAACGCAUCCAAUUAGCCCAACAAUCCACAUCCCAAUUCCAGGUAAGGGUGGCAAACGGGUGGUAGAACGGGAUGAUGAGUAUCUUAAUAUUCAUAUUCGUCUCGUAUUAGAGUUGUGAAUGAGCUGAACUGAGCUGAGCCGAGCCUAGUAAAGUUUUGUCUUGUUUAGGGUUGACUCGUUAAUAAACGAGUCGAGUACGAGUUCGGCUCGUUUAAUAACGAGCGGAGUCGAGCUCGAGUAGACUCAUUUAUUAAAACUCCGACUCGUCAUUUAGAUUACUGAGUUCGGCUCAACCUCAAUUUUAAGAUAAUUUAUAAAUUAAAUACCAUAAUAUUUAUGUCAUAUAUGACGCAUGUGAUUAACUGAUCACAUAUCGUGUAUGAGACAUAUUUGCUCAUAUAAUCGAAGUCUUAAACACAUAUGAAGUGAGAUAUACAAUUUAAUAAACCUAUUAAUCAUGAACAAGGCAACUCAUUAGAUAUAGAUCAAUUUUCUCAUAGGGCCAAAAGUCGAGCUGGCUUGCAUAGUCAAGACAUCUCAUGAGCUCAAAACGAGACAGUCCAAGAGUUGAGCUUAAACAAGUUACUUAAUCAAACUGGCUCACGAGUCUCGCGAGCUGAACAGAACAAGGUUGAGUUCGAGCUAGACUGGUUAAUAAACGAGUCGAACUUUUUUCUAAUCGAACAAGUUUUUCAGAGUCGAACGUCGAGCCCAAUUCCCACCCUACUAUGAAUCAAAUAAUACCCAUCUCGAUAUGAAUCAAAUCGAAUAAUACUCGAGUGAACGAGUUCAAAUUGCUAUCUCCCCACGCAAUGGAUGGAACUUACAAGUCAAUGCAAAAGACAAAGACCAAAUGACUUAUCGCCUGUUUGGAGAGAAGACUCUGUUCCCGUUCCCACUGAAAUAUCCUCUCGACUUUGCAGAUCAAUUCAACCCUUUCAAUCACUUCUUCACAACCCAGCCCCAACUUCUCCUCGCAGGGAGAAAGAAAACAAAAAAAACCAACCAAAUCAAAAAUGGGUUUCCCAUUGCUGCUCGCCUUCUUCUUCUUUUUCUCCCUCACCAUCGCCUCUGUUUCCGGCGACGAAGCCAUCAUCGACUUCGAGGACUGCGCCACGCCUUUCAAUUGCGGAACGAAAACCAACCUCUCGUAUCCCUUCUGGGCACCCGGAUUCAGGCCGCGAGAGUGCGGGCAUCCGGAUUUCGAGCUGCUUUCUUGCGAAAACAUAGAUCAGAACCCUGUUCUCAAAGCAAGCUCCCUGCUGCUCAGUUUAAUCGCCGUGAACCAGACCUCCAGAACCCUAACCGUCGCCCUUACAGAUUACUCGGACACAGUUUGCCCGCCAAUCAACGGCACGGCGAGUCUGAAUACCUCGCUGCUCGCUCCUUCGCCCUCCAAUUCCGCCGCCCUACAGAACCUGACCCUGUUCUACGGCUGCCGGACUUCGGGUGCCGGAAAAAUUCCGAAUACGAGGCUGUCGUGUUUGACCGGCGUCGAUCUGGUGUCGUUCUACGCGAACGAGACGUUUCUGAGUGAGAGUGAUGUUGAAUCGUGCAGAGGGAGAGUGGUGUUUCCGAUUCCGGCGGAUGCCCCCGACGGAAUUUGGGGCAGGGAUGCGGAGGCGGAGCUGCAGGGAGUUCUGGACGCCGGGGUUAAUGUUUCUUAUGGAUAUGGAGAAUACGGAGUGCUGUGCAAGCGGUGCGGCGAGUCGGACGGUUUGUGCGGCACGGCGGCGGCGGCCUGGGGGUCGCCUCGGAAUUUCUCGUGUCACUGUCCGGCCGGCGGAUCACGACCGGUUAUCUGCCCUCCACCAAGUAUGUAUUCCAUAACAAUCAGCCUGCAUAGUCUUGUCCUCUCAACUGGUAGUUUUAUUCGUUUCAUAGUUUGCCCCUUGAUGUUUUGCUCAAAUACAAAUCUUUCUAAGAAAAUAGUUCAUUUUCCUUUUAAAAACAAAAUUCAAGGCGUUAGUUGUGAUAGUUUAGGCGAAUUUCAUGUUGACAGAGUCAGAGAGAGGUUUAGAAUUUAUAAGUAACAAACUGACAUUAUCAGACAAUACGUGUUGUUGGGUGAAAUGGAGGAAUUUUUGUAGGAAUUAUAUGGUUAAACGUGCUUAUUGUGGAGCAUUACAAAGAUGGAUGAUCUUACGAAAAGUCACAUUCAUAUACACCCGGAAACAAAAAUCAUAAGGAUCUAGAUCCAAAGCCGACAAAAUUCUACCUACGUCACCCUUAUAAAAAAAAAACUUUUAUAUAGAAUGAGAAAAUCCAGAUUGAGAAUUGGGUGAAACAAGUCGGAGUAAGGUAAAAAAGGAUUUAUCAUAUAUAGUACAUGUGGUUAAUGAAAAAAAAAAAGAGAAUAAUACUCAAUUUAUCACAUGUUUAUAUACUAUGUUUACAUCACUAAUUUAUCUCAUGUUUAUAUACUAUGUUAGUGUAAUAUAAUUCAUGUCAUAAAUUUUAACCAAUUCAUAUAAAGGUUUUAAUAAUAU